AUGUCUCUGCUCCCGUCUUACAACCUGACUGCUCCCCGCAGAAUCACUGCCUCCAACUUGGAUAUUCCAUCCCAGCACGCUGGAGAUGAUACUGUCGAACCCGGCGUCGAAGUCAGGGUCGAUAGUCUUGCACCCCAGCCCUUAUUUGAUGGCUUUUUCGUUCGCGCCGUCGUGGGUACUGAGAAACAGGUUCCGACCAGCAACGAUGGGCAUGGCGAGAUUCCCCUGGAUGAAGUUCCCGGCAUUGGUAUCGUCCUUCCUGGUGGUGUGCACAUGUACUACCUUGAUAUUGCCCCUAACUACGAGGGUGCUCUGCAUCGCACCACAUCGACAGAUUACCUCGUUGUCAUCUCGGGCAAGCUAAGCCUCAUGACUCCUGAGUCCAAAUCGUAUCAGAUCAAGGACGGGAAAGCCACCUGCGGAUCUCCCGUCGAGACCGUAGCAAACCCCGGCGACAUCAUCUAUCAGCGUGGCCCUGUUCACGCUCUGUCCAACCACACCAACGAGUGGGUCAGAGUUCUCGCCGUUGUCCUGGGUUCUGAGCCGAACAAGGCUCUCGUUGAAGGCACCGGCCACCACAGGGAGCUUCAUGAUCAGUGGCUCGCAUAA